UAUAUAUGUACAUGUAUGGCUUAAGCUUGUAACAUAUAACAUCCAUUAAUAACAAGCUGAAGUUUUCAGACCUUGACCCCUUAGUGGCCAGAGGAGAAAAAACAUGGCUCUCUUGCAUUGACCCCCUAUACUUUAAUCUGAGUUAUCUUGUUUGUAUUGGAUGAUGCGAGCGAGUUGUCAGUCGUGGUGUACACAUGUUACGGAGUAUCACACAGCUGGUUGUUACGCAAUUACGACGCAGUGAUUUACUGGGUGUAAUACAGAUCUAUGGAAUAUCAUACCAGAUGAUGUGAUGAGACAAGGUCUACACGAUGGAUGAGUUAGAAGAAAACGACACGGGGCUGGAGCUAAAUGUUGAAGUUCUGAUAAAAUGUGUACUCCUAAGUCUCAUCGGAGUGGUGUGCAUUGUGGGAAACCUGCUAGUGAUUCGGACUUUGAUCUUUUUCAAGUAUCCGAAAAUUCAUCUUUAUGUGAUGAUUGGUGGAUUAUCUGUGGCAGACCUGCUCAAAAUCACGCCGGAGAUCCUACAGAAUGUGAUCCGAUGGACACACAAGGGUGACGUCAUCACAUCGGAAUGGUGUCAGUCCAUGUUCUACCUUGUAGAAACGUGCACGUAUGUGGCUUCCUGUCAUCUUGUCGCACUCAGUAUUAUUCGCUGCAUCAUGCUUACGGACCGUGCACAUUAUUCAAAAUCCUAUGUUGUUCAUGCAUUCAUAAGCAGUCUUGUCAUCUGGGUCCUUACAAUGCUUGCAAACAUCCCAAAUGCAAAAGCAAUUGUGAAGGACGAUGAUUAUGGGUGUUUGCGUAGCGCCUCUUUAAACGCAGAGACUGAAAGGAACAGUUAUUUAAAAGUGGCAUUCUCAUAUGCUCUGCCACUUAUUGUGAUUGCCAUAGUGUACGUAGUCACCUGGUACUUUACGCAGAGAUUCUUUGCAGACAGUUACUCGCACCGGGAGCGUCGACUUUCUCGUAUGGUCACAUUACUAAUAGUCAGUUUCGGCAUCUGUAAACUACCGCACGAGAUUGUGAGUUUUAUUGUGUUCUAUCAGUCCCGCAUGGUACUGACAUCAUUCAGUAACCUUAAAUUGGACUUGGAUAUGUCUCUGAACAGUACAAACAUUUCCGCAGACGACAUGCUCAGUGACUAUCCUACCCACGGGUCGGAUAACUAUCAUCUUUGGGGGAAUAUCUACGAAUAUUGUGACAUAUUGGCUGUGCUUGACUUGGCACUUCGACCAUUCUUCUAUGCUAAACUGUCGUACUACUUCAGUAAGAGUUUUGAUGAAGUGAUCAACUGUACGUCCUGUCGUAACAAUAGCAAUGCGUCAUGUUCAGAGAUUCACCAAUCACGUGAAGGUGCCGUACGAAUGGGCUCGCAGAGUGGCCCAUCCGUGACACCGCUAACUGUGGGACGGGAAGAAUCUCCUGAUGAUCAGUGUGAUGAUAUAAUUCAGUUAGAGGAGGCCUGAUGAUGGGUUAGAAUGCAUGUUUCAUCAAGUAUUUCAACGUCAUCCGGUAAUUUGGUGCAGAGUUGCGGUAUUUACAUUAAUUGUUAACUAAGAUACACCGUUUGUGUGCUGUUAUGGAUACGACCAUGUGUAUUGUUAGAUAUGUUUGUUUUAUAAUAUAACGGGGAAGAAAUCUGAACGAAAUUUGACACAUUUCAUUAACAGAAUUUUACAUUUCAGUGGUGUCGACGAAGAGUCAUUGUCAUGAAUUGGAAGAAUAUGCUAAUUACAGAUAUAUCAUUAAACUUCAUUGGAUCAUCAGCAUUAAUAUACAGUAUACUGUAAAGGUUUUGCCGUGAAAAAUUCAGGCUUGACUGAAUCGGGUAUCAGUUUCAAGCUUAAGGCUUUCCUAUAACCUUUGCCAUUAGGGGAUAAUUUGGGGAAUAUAUAGAGAAUACUGGGCCUGAUUUAGAACUAAAUUUAAACGUUAAGUGAGGGAUGAUCAUGACUGAGCAUACAGAUGUAAAAUAAGCGGUAUUGAUGGGAAGUAUAUAUAAAUAUAUAUAUAUGUUUAAGUUUGUUGUGUUCAUGCUUGGUGCUAUACACUUAGCUUUGCAGCAUGCUACAUUGUAGUCUUUAAUGGUUAUGAUGGGUUGGUCAGUUCAUGAAUAUUCAGUUUCUGCAUGAACACAGCCUGGAAGGUCAUCAAACAAUUGGUCUAAAUUAUUUACAAAUUUAAAAUCAAAGUUGUUGAGUAUAAGUAAUAUCUGAAUAGCAGGAUAAAAGUAGAAGCACAUGUAUUUAUAAAAAUUCAUACAUCUGAGAAAAUUAUGAUCAGUUAAUUUUGUUUAGACGAGGGAAAAAUGUAAUUAUGUUGUGUUUUCAAUGAAUUCUUCAUGAAGAGAGUGUUUUAGUGGAAUAUUUCAUGGUUUUGAUAUAAUUUUCGUUAUAGAGAACCUUUUGUGACUCGGCCUCUCUGUCAUUGGUUGAUCUGGUUAAUAUAUAUAUACAUUUGUAACAAAUAUUAAAUCUCUCUGGCAGCACUUUUUGGACAUUUAUUGUGAGUUCAAAUAGAUUUCAUACAUUGUUUCACCAACGUGGCUAAUUAGCAUACACUGUAUUGGUACACCAAUUUAUAUGGUAUACAAAAAACAACCUUAGAAUUAAAAGCAUUUGAUUGAUUUAACCUAUAUACAGAUUAGUGUAAUUCAGUCUUUUACUGUACUAUUUGUUAUCAUUUAUAAUUGUUUGUCCUUAAUUAUUUCAAAAUUGCCUCAAAAAAUUCAAAGGUGCCUCAGUGUUGGUUUUGUUACGAUGACUUCUAGUAAAUACAUUUUAUUACAUACUUGCCAGGUUAUGUUGCAUGUACAUAUGUGUAGACUAGAUUUGAAAACCAUUGAAAUGUUUGUACUGGUUUUAAAACUUGGUUGUCGUUCCAAAUUAUUUGCAAUGUCAAUUUUAUAUCUGUAACAGUAUUAUAUAUUCAGUUUCUGAAUUUUUAGCACUGGAACUUUUUUUUUCUUUUUUUUAAAUAUUAGAUUUUAAUUGUCUUCUAUUUGAGAAAGUGAGAAAGAAGAGUAGGAUGUAGUUAUAAUCAUCAGAAUUAAAAAGUACAUUUUUAAAAACAUCAGGAUAGGUUUUAUUGCAAUAAAACAACAAUCAAGAAUUGAACAUUUUCUCUGAUUCAGUCCCGUAUCAAACUGCCUCAGAUUUAGACGACUAAUUAAUAUUAUUCAAUAUUAUUCAAGUCCGUUGAGCUGCUCCAUGUAAUGUAAACACAGAUGUAGUGUAUUAAAUGGUUUGUGGUACUAUAAGAUAUUAAUCGGCUUUAACAGCUGUACAUGUAUCGAUAUGUUACAGUAUAUUCCAGGUAUCGGUAUACGUGUACUGUGAUCUUCCCAAGUAUUAUAUAUCAUUAUGAAGUUCAAUUGUAUAAGAUCCAGGUACUAAUCUCCUUAUACUGUAUGUAUUAAUUAACUGGUGUAUAUAUAUGUAUAUAGGUCUCGAAUAAUAACGAGGGUAUGGUUCAAUAUAGAUGACAUUACCAAUUCUCCCCUAAAGUCAAACUUGAACUUUACCAUAUCAAAGACUGGGCAAGUCCAGUUUAAAAAUGUAGGGAUGAAUGAGUUAAUUGUAUAUACAUGUAUAUACAGAUGGUAGAAUAUCAGCUGUCAUUUUAUAUCCCAUCUUUAAUAUACAUCUUUAACAUUAUCACUGUGAGAACAAACAGAUAUUGUGUAAGCGUUAAUCAGGGUACUUUAUUGGUCUAAAGGGCCUCAAUCCCUGAUCAAAAUGUCUGGUAUUUUCCAAAUUCUCUCAUAUAAAGUUUUCAAUCUAAAAAAAAUCUAAAAAAAAUCCAGGAAUGUAAAUACUCUGUUACAAUUUACUGAUUUCUUAAAAUGCAGCAUAUCUAGGAAGACAGAAUGAUGUUGUUGUCAUAAAGAUGAGACUUUACUGAAAAUAAAACGGGCUAACUUCAUGUACUUGGAGUUACAUGUAUAUACAGUGGUCAUCAAAAUUUCGCAAAAAUGUUUUUUUAUGGUGAUGACUUUUUCACCAUUUCAUCCCAGGGUCUGUCUUCUAUAAUCCCCUGAUAAACCCCCAUUUUACAAAGAUCUUGGCUGUAACAUAUGCAUUUUUCCAUCUUCUAGACCAAGUGCACGUGGUUGCCCUAUGUCUGACAACUCCAUUGAAAAACCUUGUACCACAAAAUCAGUUUUGUUUAUCAAAAGUGUCAACAAAACAAUAUAAAUAUAAUGAAUUAUAAAAUAUGGUUUACUGAAAACAAUAAAAUGAUACCUUUACCCUGCCUACAGUGGCUGAUAAUCAGAUGGUUUAACUUCAGUUGUCAAACCUUUGUGAAAUUAAAUAACAUGUGACCAUACUUCAACAAGAUUUUAAUUCAAUGCAAUUUCCUGAGCCAUAUAUAUUUCCACCUAGGCCUAUCUACCCUCUGUACUGGAUUUCAGCAAUUAUAUGGAUGGCAACAGCUGUUGUUGAUGUUAAUAUUUAGACUAUUGUGGUUGUUUUUCUCACAGUGAUAUUUGUUAACUCAUUCACCCCUGAAGACACAUUUGAACUCUUCCAAUUCAAAGGUUGGAAUAGUUCAUUAUGAAAUUUCAGGGGUGAAUGAGUUAAGAUGUACAUAUGCCUAAGUACAAGUCACAUAAAUUAAUGCAUAUUAUAGGUAAAUGGAUUUCAAAUUGAAAUAAAUUUACAUGUCCAUGGUCUGUCGACUUUGAAAUUGUGGUCAUUAGCCUUAAGUGUAAAUCAGUUCAAGAAAUGCCUUAUGUACUACUGCUGUGAGUUAAUGACGAUGAACUUGAAAAAGUAAUCAACUAUUCCUGCUGACAAGAAAAUAUCUCAGGAAUGGUCAAACUUUCAGGUUUUAUUUUGGUACUAUGAUAAUACUUUGAAGCAGCAAGUUUGAAUUUCGACAGUAUCGUUUUAUAUACUGACUCCAAGUGAACUAUACUCUCCUAAGUCUAGUGACCAUAGACAUAAUACGCUGACAGCUGACCUCUGUCAGUAAGACGAAACCCGUAUGGUUGGAGUCAUGUAGGCCAUAAACCCGUAGACAAACUAGGUAGUAUUUGUUAUGUAGCAUCCAUAUCUACAAAUUAUAAUAUGUGAAUAGAAUUAUGUUAAUUAAUGUUAAUUGUUAUAUCUGUUAACAGCAGCUUUGAUUUGCUCUAUUUCCAUUUUCAUUCAUAAAUAUAUAUUUAAAUAUACUCAUAUACAUACUCAAGUACAUACAGGGCAGUUUUCAUGUACUAAAUAUUUACAUUCUAACAGGUCGAUUGACAAUCUUAUAUUGUUCAACACGUUUAACUCAUUUCACCCCUAUGUAAUUUUAGUAGACUCUACCAUGAAUUGAUCUGGAUGAGUCCAUUAUGGUCUACAGUUGUAAACAAACAUGUUUGAUUUACUUAUUUGUUCACAAUGAUUUGUUGCAAUUGUAGUACAGUAGCAUUACCGUAGUCAAUGAUAAAGAUAUGUGUUCCCUGAUUUUUUUUGUUUUUUAACAUCAUAGACAAACAUGAUCGUUACAAAUGAUUAACAGCAGUUAUUGUAAUUGGAAAAUCAGCAGGAAUCCUUGUUGUAACAGUCUACACAUUUUUGCUAGUAUCCAUUUUCUGGCCAGUCAGGGAAUUUUAUCCAAUGAAGUGUUGACUAGUUACAGUAACAGUAAUAUAAACCAGUAAAAUCUCCAGGUUUGAUAACAGCCAAUCCUGGUAGAUAAUUCUGAGACAAACUCAAUUCAUUAGUAAAAGAUAUAUGUAAACCAAUCACAGUUGAUUAAGAUUGGAGACAUUUUUAUCAAUCCAUUUUGGUUGUAGUUCUGAUACUCUUGGCUCAUAUCAUUUACAUAGUUUUCCUUAUGUUGAUGUCAACAUAUAGAAUCAGGAGAGAACAGAUGUACAGCAAAACAUGUUUACUCAAUCUGUAAAUAUGCCAUAAAUUGGGAUAUACAUACUGUGAUUAUAUUUUUGCAUAUUUUGCUCAAGAUAUAAAUUCAGAAAAAAUUAAACACUAUAAAAAAAAAAAAAAUCAAAAAAAGAAUCCUCAAAUUAUCUUUAACAUUGCGUUAAUGUACCUGCAAUAAUAAUCUAGAAGGUUCAAUAGUGUGGGGGAUAUGGAAAUGGCGGCCUCAGCACAUAAAUCUAAACAUACUCAUGAGUGUGCCCUUCUCCUACCCGUUUUGAAUUGCUUACAAUAUUUUAGUCUGUUUCUGGCCAAAUAGGCAAUUACAUUUUACAAAUUUUAGAUGUUGCCUCAACAUGUCAAUUUUAUUUUCAAGGUAGUCAUAUUUUUCUGCACAGUCUGUUUUCUGUUUUAUAUCUAAUGUUUGUCUUUGUUUUCUGUGCCGAUCAUUGUUUAUUGUGUCGAUUGUAAAGUUAAAUGCCAGCCAGGAAAAACACCUUAAAUUAAACAAACACCUUUCAUACAGUUUAUUAUAAUUCAUAAUGGCUUGUCUUACGAAUACCGUAGCUCAGAUAUAUCAUAAAACAAUUUUAUGUUGAAGCAUAUUUUAUUAAUCAGUUUCUAAUUAUUGUAGAUAUUUAGUGUGCUGGGAAACUACCCUAUUUUCCCUUCAUUGGUUGAAAUCCAUUUCCACCCAAGAGUUGUUUUGCUGUUCAAAAUAAAAAUCAACGCACAGUUAUGUAUAGCAGGGUCUCAUCUGUACUGAUGUUUGUUGUCAGUAGGAAUUACGUUGACAGGAGGAAUGAAAGUUACGCUGUGCAGAACAUUUCCUCUAUUCCAGUAAUUACUAACCAAUAUGGCUGUACAUCACCCGGUAAGCACGGGCAUGAUAGAGUUCUUUUAAUUUUACCGUUUAUUUGAUGAAAAACUUAGUUAAAAGCUAAGCAUGUUAAAAAAGUGUUUUUAAUUUUUGGGUAAAUAUAUGUGAAGUAUCCCCAACUUUUUUUUAAAAUUUUGUCAGCAGCAAGAAAAGUAUUCAGUUUCUACUUUAAUAUGAUUUGAUUGAUUAGAAAUUAUAAAAGUACAUAUCACUGCUGGUUGUUUGAAAUCAUAUAAUAAUUCCAGAUGUGAACGUAGUAAUGUUUCAUUAGAGGUACGUCUGUUCUGUGCUCUAGCUCUUACAAGUUUUACAUGAACAGCUUUAGAGGUAGUUGUCAGGUUUAGGAACUUUUGAAAGUUUUUUAACAAAAAAUGCAAAAACUCUCUUGAGGAGCGUUAUGUAUUGAGUCAUCAUUCAUCAUUCGUUCAACUGUGAUAUUUCUGAAGAUUCUUGCCAUAAAGUUAAGUGCUGGUGUGUCUGUCUUGACCUGAUUAACCCCAGCAUGUUUGUAGUCCUUGAUAACAAGUAGUUUAGAAAGUGAGAGGAGUGUUCUUGUUAGAGUUACAUGUAACCUUAGUAAAUACAGUCUUUAAAGAGUUCUUAAGAUAAGGGGAGAUAACUAGUAGACUUUUGUAACCUGAUGAAUAACCUUUCUGAUGUAUGUUUAUAUAAGAAGUCUUUUAAUCAUGUAUUUAUAAUCAAUAACUCUUUUAGAGAAUUAAUCGGGAGAUAUCCUCUGUAUUCUUCUCUUUUUACGUAAAUAAUUUCUGGCAUAUCUUUUGGCAGUGACCCCUAGGUUAUAGUUUGGUGUAGAAGUCAAAAGGAAGGGGGAUAACUGUUACUGUUACAUUCUCUCAUAGGUGUCGUUCUGGUUAGAUGUAAGUACAGAUAGACUCUCGCACACAUUACAAGGAGCACAGCACUGUGCUGAACAACAGAUUCUGGAGGUAAUUGUGAUACAUUUACCAACUUGGCAUUUAUGUCAGCAGGGAAUUUUGUGUUGGCAGCUUUCCAGGUCUGGCCAUGUAGCCUCGGGACCAGACUAAAACAUGUACAACGGGUAUAUACUAGUCAUAGAGAACUCAAGGGCUUUACUAAAAUCAGUCAAUAUACCCCUCAAUAGAUUGGCCACGGUCUCUAGAAUAUUGAAUUAUUAAGAAAAAAGUUUAACUCAAAGAAUUUUGAUCACUUGGAUGUCUAAUUCCCAAGUU